GAGGAAGACAAAGAGGAGGAAGGAGAAAAGGAGGCAACGAAGGCGAAGGCGAAGGUGGUGGAGAGGGAAGGCAGCCGCCGACUCAGCUAGUAGUAGUAGUAGUAGCAGUGGGGAUCGCGCGCGUCGGAAGGAACGAGAGAAGGAGAAGGAGAAGAGUCGACGGUGGUAGGGGAAAGCGAGAGUGCAGAGAAGCAGAGGCAGCGCGCUGAGCCACGAGGGGGCUAUUCGAGCGAGAAGGGGAGGGGUGGCAAGGAGCCCUGGCGGGGAGGGGACGCGGAGGCCUUCGGGGGGCCGACCAACCAGACGGCCGAUGAUGUCAUCGGAGGAGGAGACCGAGUGUUUCGCCCUCUACGGAGCAACCACGGAAAGCAAGCAACAGCAACUCCUGAAGAAGCAGAAGCGCACCAGACAGCGCGUGGACGCCGGCGAGCCACGCAACAGCUACUCGAGCAUACCGAACUUUAGCUCCCGGCCAUCCUUCCUCGGCGGUGGUCUGUACGGCUCGAUCUUCAGCGGUAGCGGGCCGACGUCGCAUCAACAGCAACAACAACAACAGCAGCAGCAGCAACAACAACAACAACAGCAACAACAACAACAACAACACCAGCAGCAGCAGCAACAAUCACAACAACAACAGCAGCCACAGCUCCAUCAACAUCACCACCAGUCACAGCAGCAACAGCAGGCUGGAGCGGCUGGUAGUCAAGGUCACUUGGGUGCAGCGACGACGGGUCCUACAACCCAAAAGCAUUCCGCCCACUUCGGCUUCUUCGGGGCAUCGGGCUUCGGCCCCGCCAAGAUGCUGAACGAAUUACUCGGACGGCAGGUCAAGCAGGCCAGUGACGCCGGCGGUUCGCCGCCAGAGGGCGGACACGGGAUGACCGGUGCCGGCAUGGAUCCAAAUGCGAACCUCCAACCGGGGGCAGUCGUCAAUUGUGACGACCCCGCUACAGCCGAGUUAACGCAACACAUGCUCCGCGACAUUCUCCAGGGUCGAAAGUUGCCUGCCCUUUCCGUGCAAGAGCAACCAAACAAUAACAACAGUAUACAUAGUAACAAUAAUAAUAAUACCACCGCGGAUAUCCUCAAGUCCCAACAACAGCAUCAGCAAAGUCCCCAACAACAGCAGCAUCAGCAGAAUAGUGAUAGUGUGCGCAGUGGAACAGUGCAGAGUGGCGGAGAGGAAAGUGGUGAUGGCAAUAACGUCCUCGUGAAUAGCACGAACCACAGUGAUCGUGAUACGGUGAUGCCUGCUGACGCGGAGGAUAGCGCCGAGGACGCCGCCUCCACGGCACGUGCCAUGGAGGAGGCAUUCGCCGAGGUAGGCAUCGAGCCCGGUACCAAUCUCGAUGGCUCCGAUUGCGAUCAGAGCUUACCGCCCAGUCCCACGGCUCCGAGGUCGGCCUCGGUAUCGGUUAAGGAGGAAAUUCAGGACUCUUUGAACAUCAAGCGUAGUCCUAGCCAUUCUCCUUGUCCGAUAAUACCUAAAACCGAGACGAGCUCUCCUACAACGGAGUUGAAGCGCGCUCGGGUGGAAAACAUUGUUAGCACGAUGCGCAGUAGCCCUGCGCUUCAGCCUACUCCGGUAAACGGUUGUAAGAAGCGAAAGCUCUAUCAGCCGCAACAACAAACCGUGCACCACGUUCUCCAGCACGGUGUCAAUGACACUAUGAUGGACGACGAGGAGGAAAGCGAGGAAGAGGACGAUCAGUCGACGAUAAAACAAAAACGAAAGCAGAAAGCCUCUCUGAAGAGUCAGCUCAAGAUAAUGCACGAGCAACUCGCGGAGAUGCAAGCAAAGUAUUUGGAACUUUCGAGCAAGGUGGAACACGACACAAGCGAGAGCAGCGACGCACCCGCCAGUCCGCAGCAACUACCCGAACCACCCCCUAGACCACCGAGACCUCACCCACCGGCGUUCAACGGCCUCCAGACUCUUCCGCCCGAUCAUCCGCAUGCCGCGGCAGCCGCCAUGUAUCACAUGGGUCAUAAACUGUACAUCGGACAUCAGCAGUCCGCACUCGAGAGGAUGAAGCAGCAUCAGGAGGCGACCGCGAGACAGCAACAGCAGCAGCAACAACAGCAGCAGCAACAGGUGCAUCAACAGCAGCAGCAGCAACAGCAGCAGCAGCAGCAACAGCAACAGCACCAGCGACAAAGUUCUCCACAGCCGCCUAGUCAAGCGCAGCAACCGAAUCAGAGCAAUACCGGACCGUCCACGCCGCAAACGCCACAACAGCUGACAAGCAGCAGCACGUCCCUGCAACAAAAGGACUUCCAAGAAAGGUUAAACGUCUUCAGGGGCGCAGCUGCGGCGGCAGGUUCCUCGGGGCCACACAUCACCGGUGCGGAUCUCGAAAUUCUGGCGGACAUUCUUAAAACGGAAAUCUCUUCGUCGUUCGCUAAUCUGAUUGACAGUAUAGUCGCGAGGUUUGUUCAGCAAAGGAGGAUCGUCGGUAAGCAAAGCGAGGCGGCACAAGUAGCCACCGAACAGCUAAACAAGGAUAUCCUGAUAGCGACUCAAAUGCUCGAAAGGAAAUCGCCAAGGACGAAGGUAGUCGACAGGGGAGCUCCACAACCUACCGGUGGCCCAAACGGGCCACGGGGGCCCCUAACCGGUGGGCCCCCUCCAACGCAACCAACGGCUUUUUCCCAAAUAGGGCCCAUGGCUGGUGGGCACCAUGGUCCUCACUCUGGUCCCACAGAAAAUAAUUUAAAUCAGAUGAAUCAGCUACCCCCACACGUCAGGCCCGUUGGGAUGUUUCAGACACCGAUGCCGCAAAAAAUAUAUGGCAUUGGACCGAUGCAGUCGCAACAGCAACAACAACAGCAGCAACAACAGCAACAACGCGAACAGCAACAGAGGGAGCAGCAACAACGCGAACAAUAUUGUAAUUUGAGGAACGACGAGAGGGAAGUCAGGGAUUCGGAACAGAACGAGGCUCUCUCCCUCGUCAUGACGCCAAAGAAAAGGCGCCAAAAGGUAACCGAUACGAGAAUCACACCAAGGACUGUAUCAAGAAUUCUUGCGCAGGAGGGCAACGGAUCUCAAGGAGGCAGUGAAAGUCCUCCGCCAGCUCCACCACCGAGACCUUACCACGCGCCACCACCAAUGCUGCCAGUGUCCCUACCAACAAGCGUAGCGAUACCAAACCCGAGCCUUCACGAAAGUCAGGUGUUCUCGCCGUACUCGCCGUUCUUCCCCGGAAUCAACACCCCACGUGGGGGUCAUGCAGGCCAGGUACCAGCAGCGGGAUCGCAUCAGUUGCCUGCGAGUCCUCCAAGUGGACGUGUAGAACUCAGGGAUUCUCCUCCACUUUCGCAUGCCCCGGCUAUGUUGCAUCCUGUUUUACUCGCGGCUGCACAACACGGCAGUCCGGAAUAUGGGCACCUAAGGAUGGACAACAAUGACCGUGUCAGUGAUUGCAACUCCGGAGACAUCGGCUACGACGGAAUUCAGCCUACAUCGUCGACGCUGACGCCGAUGCAUCUGAGGAAAGCGAAGCUGAUGUUCUUCUGGGUAAGGUACCCGUCUUCGGCCGUCCUCAAGAUGUAUUUCCCCGACAUCAAAUUUAAUAAGAACAAUACAGCGCAGCUGGUCAAGUGGUUCUCCAAUUUCCGAGAGUUCUAUUACAUUCAAAUGGAGAAGUAUGCGAGACAAGCGGUUUCGGAAGGCGUGAAAAACGCCGAAGACCUCCGAGUAGGAGGCGACUCCGAAAUCUAUCGGGUGCUGAACCUACACUACAACCGUAACAACCACAUUGAGGUAUGGGAACCCCAGGUGCCGAGCAACUUCAGGUACGUGGUCGAACAGACGUUAAAAGAAUUUUUCAAAGCGAUCCAGGGUGGUAAGGACUCUGAGCAAAGCUGGAAGAAAUCUAUCUAUAAGGUGAUUUCGAGGCUGGACGACCCUGUACCAGAGUACUUCAAGAGUCCAAACUUCCUGGAGCAGCUUGAAUGAAUCAGGAGGUCGCGUGGCUCUUGCUCUUCGUGGUGCUCGGGGCCACCGACGCUAGACGGUUCCCAGUAAUCAAAAGAACUAAAAGAAAAAGAAGAUUGAAAACGGCCGAGAUGAAGAGGAAGGAUCGCCACCACCAGCAGCGUUGUCGUCAUCGCCGUUCGAGGGACACUCGACUCCCUCGCACGUACACGUUCAGGUAUCCUAAAAUAACAUAUCGAAAAACGAAGCUGAAAUGGCGAGGAGUUAGAACGACGCGUUGUGAGAAAAGAAGGAAGAAGAUGAGCGUCGUGAAAUCCGUCGAAAUCGGGAAAUAAUAUAAAAGCGUACACGGACGAGAUCGACCGACGAAGGAUCAGGCUGUGACCUAAUCGCGAUAUAUCGUAAGAUCGUACGAGGGAAAUCAUUAGGAGAGAAUAAACGAAAAAGAACGAAUACUUAUACAAGAAAAAGUGAAAAAGAGUAUUAGUCGAUUUACUCGACGAAUGACGAGAAACCGCGAGUCAACGAUCGAGCACGAACAAAAUUUUGAAUUUCGAUCGUGCUUGAGACUUUCUUUCGUAGGGUCUGUUUGUUAAUGUAAAAAAAAGAAAAGGAGAUAGAGAGAAACGAAAAUGCAUUAUUAUUACCCGCCUAACUUUUAAGUCUCUGAUUCUUUCGAAAUCGAUGCGACGAAUAGGAAGUAAGCCUUCGAGGACGGGACUGUAUUCACGGGGAAUGGUGAGUUGUUCUCGCCAUUAUUAAAAGAAAAAAAUAAAAAUAAAAAAAAAAAAUAAAUAAAUAAAAAGAUAAAUUAAAGAAAAGAAGUCACUGCUAUCGAGGAUCGAUAGAUGCGUGGAAUACGUGGACGAAUAUCUCUCGGUGAUCUCGAACAACUCGAUGGAUCAUCUUCUGCUUUUCGAGAAAUACCGGAAGAGGAUCCUUCGACGAUUCACCGAGAAACGAUCCACGACGAAUGGCUCUUCGUUGCCCUUCGUCCUAGAUCGUUUCGACGGUGUGAACUAAAAGCAAGAAAAAAGAGAAAAAAGAAUAAAAAGAAAACAUUAGUAACAAAAAAGAAACUGUGGUCCAAAAAUGUCGAUCCACGUGGUCCACGCUUUUACGCGAUCCUCGGAAAAAAUACCUCAAAAAUGAAAAUCUUUAUCUCGAUGUAAUGUCGAUGGACGGAGAAAAUUUUUGUUGUUUCGAAAUUUUAUCGUAUCUUCGUCGUCCCCGGGAGUGCAUGCCCGUUCGCGACGCAUCAUCGAAAAGGGCUAAAGGGGUAAAGGGGUGGCUUCUUUUGGGAACUAGCACGUACUACUUUACUUUGACGUACGAGAUGAAACGCAACGCUGAGAUAUUUCUCUUAGAAAAAAAGAAAAAAAAAAAAAAAAAAAAAAGAAAAAAUUCAGAGAAGAAAUGAUCACGCGUGCGUGAGAUCGACGACGUUAUCCUUUAAGCUCUUCGUUCGCGAAGAUCGCGCGAGUUCUAGUUGAUCUCAACGAUCAACGAUGACGAUCUCUCGAUGUUUCUUCGUCAACGAACAAGACCAAUUGAAUUUAAGUUGUCAACAAUCAAUGACAAAUAAAUCGACGUGAAAAUGCUUGGCCGGCAUAAGAAGAAGUUCAUCUUAAGAAAAGAGAGAUCCAAUUUCCUAAGAAAUUUCGUUCUUCGCUUCUCGCGCUUCUUGCAAUCGUUCGAACGAUGCACGAGAUUUUAUCCCGAUUAUUAAUUUAUAUAUAUAUAUAUAUAUAUAUAUAUAUAUAUAUAUAUAUAUAUAUGUAUAUAUAUGGUAAAUAUAAUAAUCGGGUUAGGCUAGUCGCGAUAACGAGAGUACGAGUAUUAAGAGCAAAGAGAGAAAAAGAGAAAGGAAGAGAGGUACAGAAAGAUACAGAUAGAGAGAAAGAAAGAGAGAAAGAGAGAGAAAGAGAAAGAGAGAAGCGAUCUGACGUGGAAGAAAUGAGCGUGCGCCGGCGAUGUUGUCCUAAAUAUAGACGAAACUAAAGCUAAUUAAUUAAUUAAUUAAAUGAUUUUAAUAACGCCGGUGCGUGCUAAAAUUAUAUCUAAAUAUAAAAGUAGAGUUAUAUUGAACACUUAUAUAAAAGUAUAUAUGUAUAUAUACUUAUAUAUAUAUGAAGAUGAAGAUAUAUAUGUAUAUGUAUACUCAUACACAUACACAUGCAUAUAAAAUAAUAGAUUUUUAAUUCGAGAAAAGAAUGCUGGCGCGACUGUUAGCAUUUAACGAGUGAGGAGAAUGCACGACGAAAGGGUCUCAACUUCUCGCGGACCCCUGUCUGUUCGUUGCACAGGCUGCGUUAAAAAUACGAACAACGUCGUUUCUGCGUUCUCGUCGCUGCCUUUUUUUUUCGCAAAAGAAAAACCUGUAGAUACGGUACAACGUUAAUAUUAAAAAUAUUUCGGGUAGUAGCGAGUCCUGAUAUAAUAUAAGCACACUCCCAAUCCCUCCUCACCACUUAUCCCCCUCACCUUUAUUACUGUCGCUAUUACAUGCACCAUUAUUAUUAUUAUUAUUAUUAUUAUUAUUAUAGUUAUUAUUAUUAUUAUUAUUAUUAUUAUUAUUAUUAUUAUUAUUAUUAUUAUUAUUAUUAUUGUCUUCAUUAUCAUCAUACACAGACAGUACGAUUAUUAUUAUUAUUAAUCUUUAUCAGUCUAUGUACAUGAGGAUUUUAUUAAGACCACGAUUAUAAUAAUAAUUAUUAUAUUAUUAUUAUUAUUAUUAUUAUUAUUAUUAUUAUUAUUAUUAUUAUUAUUAUUAUUAUUAUUAAUAUUAUGAUUAUCCUCAUUAUCGCGGUCGAUUUAGUUAAUUUUAAAUUAGGUCCGUUAGUUCGACUCUAUGCCAACGGUUCUUAAUGUUUUUGUUUCUCGAACUCGAUUGCUUAUUUCCUCUUUACCUUUAACGCUUCUUCCAAAAAAUUGUACAUCCCCAAUCCUAAUAUUACGCUGUAUCUUUUCACUACACGUUUAGUUAUUGCAUUAUUAUUAUUAUUAUUAUUAUUAUUAUUAUUAUUAUUAUUAUGUUAUUAUUAUUAUUAUUAUUAUUAUUAUUAUUAUUAUUAUUAUUAUAUUAUUACUAUUAUCAUUGAAAAUUAUACCGGUAGCAUGUGACGUGCAGUACACAAAUACACUUUUUGCAAGCGGUGAGUCUUAACCUAGUCACAAAUCAAUAUUUUUUAAUUAAUCGACGAUCGAUUUAUUGAUUAUUUUAUUUAUUAUUCACGACAAUAAAACAAAGAAAAAAAAAUUGAAUUUAAUUUGAAUUUUAAUUUGUCGAUUACCAAAAUAUUUUUCUUUUGCGUUUAUUUCUAAUAUCCUGAGUUUCUUCGAAAAGAGCCGGCCGAUAAAAGAAAAAAAUUCCUCGCUUCCGAAUGUUCCAUAUAAGUUAUUAUCGACUGCCAACCCGGCCUACCUUUAUGCGAAGUCGACAAAAAUUUGGUUCAUAAAGAUCGACGAAGAUGUCAUCGAGGUUCAACCCAAGGAUUUGGAGAUUAUAGAUCGCAAAUAAAAAGAAGCUUUUUUUGUGUAAAAUGAAAAAGAAAAUAAAUGUUAAUGACGAAAGCGGAUCUAGAAACGGUCGAAUUAAAAAGGGAUAAACGAAAAUUUCGAUUCGUAAAUACUCAACUUUGGCCUAAACUAAGUGGCUACUUAUUUUCUCGGCGUUGGCCUAAGAUUUUGGUCUAACUAUUUAUGAAUGAAGAAACGUGGGCGCUAUUCUUGCUUGAUUUUCAGAAAUGAAAUGAAGUUGUUUGAAAUCUUCGAUCGACAAUUGAUUUCGAUCUUUCAUAACAGGGUGGCUCGAUAUAUCUCGUUGGUCGAAAAGAAAAAAGAGAAAUAAAACGUCCUUGCUUCGCAUAUUAUUACGACAGUUCCCUUCUCCUUUUUUUCCUAUAAAACGGAUUCGCAACGCUCUGCCGGCGUAAAUAGGAAAAGAAAAAAGAAAAGAAAAAAUGAUUCAUCGUACAAUGAUUACGUCUAUAUGCUUCUACGUUGCACUCGUCUUUCUACGAUACUCGAACCUCGUUGAAAAAUCGUCCUACAGGAAAAAGAAACCGUGACAAAUUUUAUUCGCGCGUUAUCACAUUGGCCUUACGAAAUAUUUAAUCGUUGAACGUAUUCAUUGAAUAAUUAAUUUUUUUCCCAAGUUAUUUAAUAACGAUUUGAGCUGCUUUGCACUUUCACGUCGAUAAACGUCCAUAUGAUUAUCUUAUCGUCGAUAAGAACUUGACCAUUAAACAUUUCGGUAUCGAUAUUUAUUCUGCAAAAGCCUUGACGUAUUUCAGGACAAAGAACAUAAAAAUAUAACGAACAACACUAGCCCCAAUUAUAAUCUUAAAACAUUAUUUGCAACAACUUGUCGAAUUCCACGAUACACAUAUGCACAUACACAUAUAGACACGAUCUAUUGACUACUUUCUUAUUUUAUUCAAUUAGUACGUACUUGAUGAAACCUUGACAAUCAUAAAAAUUUCUCCUAACUAUUGCUUUAAUAAUAUUUUUAAAUAACGAUACAAAUAAUUUUACGUGGUUCAGACUCGUCAAUAAAAAAAAAAAAGAAAAAAAAAAAAAGAUUUAAUAAUAUUUAAUAUAACCGGAUCUCUCUCGUUAAUUUUUUUUUUUUUUUUUUGAACUCGAGAGCUAAAAACGCAAAUUGAUCUAAAUUAAAUUAAAUUAAAACACUAAUUAAAUUAAAAUAAUAAUCAAAAAUAUCUUUGUCCUGAUGAUAUAAAAAAUGACAGACCUUAAUACUGUAAGAUCUUCUUGACUCAAUCGAAGAGAAAAAAUAAUAAUAAUCAUUCAAUAUGAGAAAACGGGCUUGCUCCUUUUCGCGUGAUUCUUCGAGGUGGUCGUCCAUCGAUCGAGAAUCGAGAGAAAUUAUUUAUGAAAAGCGAAAAUUUUUUUAAAAUAAUGAAAAGAAAAGAGAGAAAACUCUAAGAGACGGAAACACACAAAGAGAAAUGAAGAGAGAGAGAGAGAGAGAGAGAGAGAGAGAGAGAGAGAAAGAGGCACCAAACGAAUAACAAGUAAAGAAAGAAAGAUAGAAAGAAAAAGCCUUUCGCCGAGACGAUAUCAUUCAAGUCUCCCCUUUCGAAGACUCGUUGAAAGGAGAAAGAGAGAGGUAGAGAUAGAGAGAGAGAGAGAGAGAGAGAGAGAGAGAGAGAAACAGAGAGAGAGAAAAAGAGAGAGAGAGAGAGAGGAGAAAGAGAAGGGGACCGUAAACUCUUUGUCAUCCGAUCGACGCUGUCAAUUUUAUCGACGAGUUGUCGUCCUUCGAUGAUCGAGAGUUACGGAAAAAGGACGUAGAAAAGUUCGCGUACUGCGUACGCCACGAGAAAGGGGAAAAAAGCGAAGGAAAAUCGUGGAAAAGCAACGAUCGGACUCUCUCGACGAUUUUACGGAUGCGCGACGUCUACUACACCGACACACAGACACAUACUCAUCUAUCUACGAAUGGACGAUAAAAGGAGACGAUAAAGUGAAAAAGAUGUGAAUAAAGAGAUAGAGAUCGAACGGCGUGAAGGAACGUUUGUAUUUCCUCGGUCGGUGGCGAAAAAUUGAGAUCCAUAUGUAAAUUCUAUUAAGAAGAAAAUAAAUUGAAAUAUAGGUCGAUCGAGACUCGCCGUUAAUUAACAUUUUUUGACGCGACUGGGCCGAAGCGUGGAGACCGAGCACACGGGACAAGAAGAAACGCGAUAAUAAACAUUAUACUGAGAGAAAGAGAAAACGAGUGAUAGAGAGAGAAAGAAAGAGAGAAAGAGAGAAAGAGAGAGAGAGAGAGAGAGAGAGAGAGAAAGAGAGAGAGAGAAAGAGAGAGAGAAAGGAAGAGAGGAAGAAAAAUAAGAAGGAAGGAAAUGACAAAGAAUAAUGUGUAAGAGGCGGAAAGAAUAAUAAGCAUACGUACAUACAUAAAUGCGUAAGUUUUAAGAAGGCGUAAGCAGAACUAAGUAAUAGUAUCUAACGUUAACACUUGCAAGCUAUUAAUUAUUAUAUUAUCGAUUAAUUAAAGAUAUAAAAAAAAAAAAAGACAAACCGAGCGGAAGGUCGUAUCACGCUAGGAUGAAGAAUACCUACUUAAGAUUAAUGAAAGAAAAAAAAAAAAAAGACACACACUAAUAAACUAAUUAUUAUUGUACGAUUAUAUUAUAUUAUUAUUACGAAUAUGACUAUCGAGUUCGAGAUUAAGUCGUGAUAAAGAAAUAAACUGAGAGAAAGGAAGUGAGAUAGAAAGAAAGAAAUAGAUCACAAGAGAACGAACGAACGAACGAACGAACGAACGAAUGAACGAAUGAACGAACGAAUGAGCGAAUGUAUUAGAGAGGGGAGAAAGAUCGAAUGUAAGCGAGAGUGAAAGAAAAAGAAACGAGAGAAAGAACGAGGGAGAAAAAAAAGUCGAGUGUUCGUAUGAGUGCGAACGAAAGUGAAGAAGCGAAUGAGAGAGUGAAAGAAUGAUAGAGCGAGAGACAGCGCGCGCGAAAAUUCUUUGUAAGUUCAUUGAGAAUAAUAAUUCCUCAAACUAUUAGGAUCAUAAUUAGGGUUAACUUAAUCGGUGAAUGCGCGAUAGCGGAAGCGACGAGGCUAUAUACAGAUAUGAAAGGGGGGAGGAAGCGACAGAGAGAUGAAACUUUUUCUCCGUAGAAUUGCAACGACUCGUUAAUCGCGUCUUUCGGUUUUUUUUUUCGCGUGUGCGCGCGUGAUACACACAUUGAGAAUUAAAAUAAAAAUAAAAUUAACCAAUAAUAAUAAUAAUAAUAAUAGGAAGAUGAAGAACAUGCGAAUCGAGGAGGGAAAACGCGUGAAUGGGACAAGGGUGUCUGCGAGAGCAAAAAAGGAUAGUCGAAGAAUUAAGAGAGAGAGAGAGAGAGAGAGAGAGAGAGAGAGAGAGAGAGAGAGAGAGAGGGAGAGAGAGAUGGAGAGAGAGAAAAGGAGAAUAUAUAUAAUAUAUAUCGCGUGCGUACGCCAAAUAAAAAAAGAAAAAAAAAAGAAAAAAAGGAGAAAAGAAAUAAAAACUAAUUGUUAGCACCGAGUGAGCAAAACUUUUCUGUGUGAUAAUCUCGUAGUACACGUAGCGCGUUAAGUCUACUAUACGUUUUCAGUAGGAAAACUAAAGGUGUGAAAUGGAAUUUUUUUUCUUCGGUAAAAUCGGGAUUGUAAGACGAGCGUGAAGCUUUCGAGUAUUCGUUUACCUUCUUUUCUUUUUUCUCUUUUUCUUUUUUUUUUUUUUUUCUUUUUUUUGAUCAUUUUAUAUUCCGAGAGGCCAUGAUAAAGGGGAGAAUAAUUUUUAUCGAGAUUUUACUCGAAGCAUCUCUUCGACGCUUCGACGUAACGACAUAUCAUAAUUAAUAUUAUUAUCGCAAUUGAUUGUUAUCGAAUAUUUCGUUGCAGAUAGAAAGAGGAAUUCGUCGAUUACUCCGAUUCCUCUGUAUUAUCUUCUAAUUAAUUAAUAAUAUUAGGUACCUUCGAUUCGUAUUAUUCAUCCUCGACUUUGGUUCCUAAGGAUAAAAGGACGACGAUUUUCCAUAUAGAAAUUCUCACAUAAAUGAUAUUUUACAGAAUGACGAGUCGCAGUCGAUACUCCUGCCUCGUCGACACACUUUCUUUUCGCGUCGAUGCCCAACGGUUAUACGUUAUAUGUAUUUGAUAAGAGAAUGAACGAGUAGAAGAAGAACGAAUAAUUAUUUCUUAGACCGACGAUACGUUCGAUCAAUCCUUCAAAUGCUUUGAUUUGCAGGCCACCCGACGAGAGGCUGUCGAUACUCCAGCUCUCGAUUAUUACCUGCGAUCAUAGUAUAUACAUUAUAUAUAUAUAUAUAUGUAUAUUUCCAUAUAUACAUAAUGUUAACGAAUAAUUUACGUGCCUUGGAACCAUAGUCGAUGCAUAAUGAACGGAUCACGUUUUUCCUCUUAACUCGAUAUCGGAAGCCUCUCAGGAUAGCGACAUACUUUGGAAGAUUCACGCGAGUAAGCUGAAUUGCAGGAUUGGACGAGUGGGUGAGAGGGAGGGUGGGAUAGGUCGAAGGUUAUUUAGGAAGAAAAAGGUGUGCGCAAAAGAGAGAGAGAGAGAGAGAGAGAGAGAGAGAAAGAGAGAGAGAAAGAGAGAGAGAAAGAGAGAAAGAGAGAGAGAGGAAAAGUGAAAGAAUGCGUGUGUGCCGAGGAUGAGAGAAAUGUAGAAGCAUAGAAGGGAGCCAAGUGUCCUUGAUGCGACCGUCGUUGAAGCCACGAAAUCUCGCGAUCUCAACAGGUGAUUUUUUUUAUUCGAACGAAUGAUACAUUUAAAGAAAUGGAUAUUAUAUGUAUAAAACAAAAAAAAAAAAAAGAAUGGAAAGAGAAAAGUUGAGAGAGUACGAGGGAAAAAGUCACGACUGAUAAGAAAUCCGUGUUAAUUGUGAUUUCGGAACUGAGUUCGGAGCCACGGGCGAGACACGUUCGGCGCAAACCGAUCCUAUAGAAUGAGAAAGAAAGAUAGAGAGAGACAGAGAGAGUGAGAGAGAGAGAGAGAGAGAGAGAAAGAAAGAAAGAAAAAGAAAGAGAGAGUGAAAGAGAGAGAGAGAGAGAGAGAGAGAGAGAGCAAAUGGAUUAGAGAGAAAGAGAAAAUGUGAAUGUACGUCUACGUAUGCUCGCGUGGUCGAGGAAAAACGAGAGGAAGAUGUGAAAUUGUGGAUGAAAGUGAGUUUAAGUGUUGAGAGGUGAAAUUAAGGGAGAAAAAAGAGAAAUCGUAAAAAUUAUACAGAGAGAGAGAGAGAGAGCCGGCCUCCUUGACUACCGGGAGGCCCGCGAUAUAUGUAUUGUAGAGAUCGUCUAGGAAAAAAAUGAUAAACUAGGAUGAAACUUGAAAACUAGGAGAAAAUUAUUAGGCCAGUUGUGUAAGUAUAAUAAGAUUAUCGCGGAGUUCUUACUCCACCCCAUCCUUUUCGUGCACGAUACUUUUUCGGCAAUUCUUUCGGACUUGAGAGAAAUUGUAUGAAUGAGAGAAUGAUGAAUCGUAUAUGAACGAAAUGAAGAACGAACGAAGAAGAGAGAAAGAGAAAGAGAGAAAGAGAGAGAGAGAGAGAGAGAGAGAGAGAGAGUAAGAGAGAGAGAGAGAGAGAGAAAGAGAGAGUAAGAGAGAGAGAGAGAGAGAGAGAGAGAGAAAGAUUGGAGAAAAUAAAUUUUAACUAGAGAAGGAGACACAAAAUCGAAGGAUCCAUCAUGGUCCGUUAUCCGACUCAGUGGCGCUAUCAGGGAUAGAAAGAAAGAUGCGAAUGAGUUAGAAUGAUAGAGUAAGAAAGAGAUAGAAAGAGGAAGAGUCGAUUGCACAGAAGCAAGGAAACAUAUGUGCAUAUAUACGGAAUGGCAGAUACAUAAAGUGUCAGUAUAUCCAUCCAUCUAUCCAACCCUUCAAUCACCUCGAGUAAAAUGGCAGGAACGAAAAUCAUAAAGCACGUAUCAGAGCAAGAAUGUAGAAAAUGUUAUCGAAGAGAUAAGCCUGGCAAAUUCCGUUUGGAAAUGGAAUUUCUGUCGGGGCUGUUUCAGUCUUCCUUCACCAUCAUGCUCUAACGUGUUUUUUCUCAAUUUUCUUUUUGUUUUAUUCUCCUUCCUCAACUAAAGUUCGAUAGAAAAUAAUAUAAUAUUUUAACAAACUGUUCUAGAUACGUUCCCAUUCGAGCUUUUUCCCGUUAACCCUCCUAAAAAAAAAAAGAAAAAAAAGAAAAAAAAGAGAAAAAAAAAAAGAAAAAAACAAUUCAGAACGUUUACUUUUCCAAUUUAUUCCUUCCGUAAUUUCUAAUACAAUUCUAUAUUCUAUGUUAAUAAAUAAGAUGAAAAAGAUAGAAUAUUAUUUAUCUAUAGAAGGAACGAAAGAGAGAGAGAGAAAGAGAGAGAGAGAGAGAGAGAGAGAGAGAGAGAGAGAGAGAGAAUAGGAAGCGAAUGCACGCGUGUACCGAGAAGAGCACACACGAGACGAAAAAUGUGAAUAAUGUUAAAUGUCGAUAUUCCUGGAGAGUGUUACUCGCACAUAACGUCUCAGCCAGUAGUCGUGUUAGGUUAUAUACGUAUUAUCGUUGUAGGGAAUUGUAGGUGUAUUUAACGAAAGAAGAAAGAACAGAAAAAAGAGAAAGAGAGAGAGAGAGAGAGAGAGAGAGAGAGAGAGAGCGAGAAAGUGAAAGAGAUAGAGAGAGAGAGAGAUAGAGAGAGAAAGAAAUAAGGGACAAAAAUUAUUAAGACACUUAUUUAGUGAAGAAAUGAAGGAAGCGAGGAUGAGCAUUAGGCAAGUCAGAAGAGAGAAAAUAAGUAAAAACCCUACGUCGAUGUGUGAGGAUGUGAGCUAGAUCGCCGCGUUGAGUCCAAUGAAGUCCUCAGUGAUAUGCAAUGGAGACCCUUCGGAAUAAAGGAAGAAAGAGCAUCCGACCGACAGUCUCGUCGACCAUAUUCGUCUCUUAGAGAAAAUCGAACGACGUCAUCGAUAAAUGACGCGAAUAAUUAACGAUCGAUGUGUAUAUAUAUUUAUACCUAUCGGAGCAGUUAGUAUAUAUGAAUAUAUGUAUAAGCUCGUAUAUGUAUAUUUAUAUAUAUACCAAUAUUAUAUUCUAUAAUAUACUAUAUAUCAGAUGCAGGACAUGCACUCGAAGCCCAAUCGUUCCUGUUACAUUGGCAAACGUAACGAUAAACGCUGAUUUUUUCCGCUAAACUUCAGAAAUCUUUCAUUAAUGAGAAGCGUUUACAAAACCUAUCGAUGGACGAAUUUGACGACUUGCUCGGUCGGCUGGAACGUCUUGUGGGAAUUGUUUUUCUGCGCUCCGGUUGGUCGACUUUAGGCCCAAAUCUGGAGCACCAUUGUGACACUAGCGAGUACAUUUUAAAAUCCGAAGCUCUGUCUCUUAAUAUCCAUAAAAAUCGUCUAUCAGAACGAUUAAAACAGUACAUCUUACUAUAUCCUGAUACAUUUUAUCAUCAAUUUUCUUUUCCUUCAUGAUCUACGUGAAAGGAAUCGAUUAAAACAAUUGAUAUUUAAAAAUACACAAGUUUCUACAAUGUUGAUUGAUUUUCCUGUAUAUUUAAAAAAUAUACUGCUAUAGUCACAAUAACGACUAAAAAUAAUCUUUAUGAGAUUUGAAAUAUUGGCCAAUUAAAAAUUGUACUUAGUAAAUCAUUUUCCUUUUACGUGGUAUCAUGAAACGAUUUAAAGCCGGAUUCAGUUUUCCAAAAAGAUACAGUGACCGAUUGACGACAUUCUUGUUUUCACACAAUUGUCGUCUAAACAAAUCCAAAUAACGAGACAGAGUCCCGGAUAUGAAACCUAACUAUUUUCAUGAAUGCAUUACGAUAUUUAACGAGUAAGUAUACUUACACAUUUAUAAUACAUAUAUAAAAAAUAUAUGUAUAUAAUAUACUUGUGUAUGUAUACGCAAUAUGUAUGUAUGUAUGUAUGGAUACCACUUUCGACACGACGAUUAAGUUGAUACGAUUUUUCCGGCGUUUUACCCUUUUGUUGGACUUUCGACGAGGUAGAAAAGUUUUACGAUUUGUCGAUAUCUUUGGUUUGCGCGCAAGACGAUAUACAGUGACGUGAAGGGGAUACGAGCCUCGCUCGUAUCAAGGAAUGAAAGAAAUAAAGAAAGAAAGAGAAAGAGAGAGAGAGAAAGAGAGAGAGAGAGAGAGAGAGAGAGAGAGAGAGAGAGAAAGAGAGAGAGAGAGAGAGAGAGAGAAAAAAUUAAAUUUUUUGGCAGACAACAAAAAGGCAGCUCUUAGAAAACGAGUUCGUAUACCGAACCACACAACAAAAGGAAAGUGCUCAGCAAAAGUAAUCGGCGAGCGAACGUCAUCAGCCGCGAAGCAGCACACCCACACACACGCGUACAUACCUACACUCGACCGAAAUACACGCGCACGCACGCACGCACGCAAGCAAGAGUACACGGAGAGUACACACGUACACGUACACGUACACGUACACGAACACGUAGAGACACGCAGUUCUUUCGGCCAGAACCUAAAAGACACAUCAAGGAAAAAAGUACAAGUUUAUCACGUUGCGCCUUAACGUUAAAAUUAAAAGUUGAUCAAAAGAGAGGAAAAAAAGUGAAAGCGUAUUCUUAACCAAAAUCGGCCUUAGUAUAUACUUUUCCAGGACAUGUGAGAGACGCGAGACGGGCGAUUUUCCAUUUCUUCUUCUCCUAUACCAUUCUCCUUUCUAUCUUAUCAACCUUUAUGCCAAUCUACAUUUUCUCCCCCUACGUCUAGAUAAUAUAAAGGAAUAUAUUAUAUAAAUAUUAUAUCUCCACCGGCGGCGGGAAGUUUCGAAACCUCGCAGCUAACUCAGCAAACCACAGAACCAUCGAAAAAAAAAAAAAAAAAAUAGAUUUUCCGUUCCCGCCGCGUCAGGUUGGAAUUGAAAUUUUUGGGAUUCGCGUUCACGUUGAAAACAAAAAGAAAUCGCCGUGGACGCGUAACCUUCGUUGUCCUUUUCGAACCUUUUCCUAUUUCCCGAAUCCUUUGCUCUAAUAAAUAUACACUCUUUCCUGCUUUCCCCUAAAAAACCGAAAAUCGCCCGUCGAGCUUUUCACGUUCCGACAUACCCUCACGAAUCCCCCUCCUACUAACCCCUGCAUAAUAUCCUUUCCAGAACAAUAAAGAAAAACGAUGGAAAACACACGAUUCACCACCCAUUCGUAGGAGAGAGACGAGAGACAAUCGUCUCUCUCUCGCGUGAAAAAAAAAAAAAAAGAAAAACACUUCCUGCAUGUAACUAAGUAAGCGACAACGCGAGUGGACGGGUCACCCGGAAAAUAAAAAAAAAAAAAAAUAAAAAAAGUUACAAAAAAAAAAGAUAUUAAUUAAAGGGAUAGGACGUUCGUUACCAAAAAGUAAAGGUAUCGGAAAGAAAUGAAUAGAGUUGAUCAUCGAGAUUAAAAUCAUAAUUGAAGAAAAAGGAGAGAAAGAGAGAGAGAGAGAGAGAGAGAGAGAGAGAGAGAGAGAGAGAGAGGGAGAGAGAGAGUGAGAGAGAGAGAGAGAGAGAGAUAGAAAGAAAACAUUGGAAUGGAAAGGAUAAUGCGAAAGGGCGGAAAAGGACGACUGUCGACUCGCCGUUCCCCGCGGCCGGGACAAGGAAAAAAUUCGCCGAAAAUCCGGGAAAAUCGAAUAGAGCAAACAGCCUGCACGAAAAGACAUGCACAUUCUAUAUACUUAUACGUGUUAUAUGUAUAUGUAUAUAAAAACCGAGGAGGAAUCGACCACGUAUUAUCUCGUCGCGCAGAUCCGCGGAAUUUUUUUAACAUCAGUCGUAUUGCGAUCGCAUCUUUAAAGUAAUAAAAGAUAGAAAAGAAAAAAAGGUAAAGGAAAGGAUAAAAAAAAGUGGAGAUAUGUAUGAUUGUCGUUAUUCGCGUACGUUGCACGUCUUGGGACGCUCCGUUUAUACGUGGCCGAAUAAUAACUUAAGAGUUAAAAAAUAAUAAACUCUGGAUUGCUUGUAUAAAAAGAAAAAAAAAACAAAAAAAAAAAAAAAAAAAAAAAGAAACAAAAAAAAGAAAAAGAAAGAAAGAAAUUAAUAGAAAUUUAAAAGGAAAAUUUUAAAGACUCAAAGAAGAUGCAGGAGCAAAAUUUUAAUUAUAAUUUCAACAGAUAAGACUAUUUCUGAUUGAUGCAAAUUAUAAAAGUAAAAAAUUGGAAUUAAAAAGUAUAAAUUUUGAAUUUUUCGAGGAAAGAAAUAAAAAAGAGAAACUGAAGCGUGUUCGUAGGAUCAAAAAGUUUUUGUCUAAAGUUAUAAAUUAGAUAAUUAUUAAAGCAAAAAAAAAAAAAAAAAGAA